AAUGGAACGACGAGAGAUGAACAUAAUAUACAUGUCAGAGGGGUAAAAUAAAGAAUAGGAUUUUGUCUAGAAUCAACUCUGGUGUUGGCCCGAGUCCUCGAUGACAAAGUGCCUUGCGUCAAUAGUGAGAGUCUACGAUGUCGCCAUGUGUGUGUGAAUAAAUGUGCGAGGGUCGUGCAGAGAGGGCCCUCGAAUUAGACAAAGGGCUCCCAGUGUUUGCAUCCCUGAAAGACACAUCAUUCAGCCGUUUAUAUUUUCUUUUAAUGCUGUGUCACUCUUCGCUUUGGUACCCAUUAAGGUCGAUGCAAGGUUGAGUGUUGAGAGUCCAUAGGCUGCUGAUGGAGACAAUAGGCAGAACUUCACAUGUUGUCUUGUUGGAGGCGGGGGGUUAAGUUAGAGCUUCAUGAGUCACGUGAACAAAAGCGGUUCUGACUUCUCGCAAGCGCCUGAACAUUUCGUACAGUAUCGAUUUAAAGUGGUAGUUACUCUUGGUGUCUUCUUCGCCAGAGCUACACACACUCUUUAAGGAUGCCUCGUUAAUUAUGGGAAACGCUCAAAGGUGAGCAUAGAGGACCAAUGGAUUGAGUUUGGGACGGAUGGCAUUUUACUGUAUUGCAUUUUUAGCACAAAGAGAAAACACAAGUCAGCUCAUCCAAGCACUGCACAGAGGGAAUCUAAUUCCUGCACAAGCAUGGCAGACCAGAAAGACAGACUAGAUGACUUUAAGGUCCAGACAGCCAAGAAUACCACCUUCAGCUCGGCCCAACUGAGGGCACAUAGUGAACACUCAAGAGACCGUAGCUCCAAAAGGCUCUCUACUGACUCAAAUGGGACCAGCGAAGGAGGUGUGGGCUCAUCCACACCUGUGGAGUUGACAGCUUUAGAGGAAUCGUUUCGGCGAUUCGCCAUUCAUGGGGACACGCGCGCUACCGGCAAGGACAUGCAUGGGAAGAAUUGGUCCAAGCUCUGCAAGGACUGCGGCGUGAUCGACGGCAAGGCUGUCACCCUCACCGACGUCGACAUUGUCUUCUCCAAAGUCAAGAAGAAAUCCUGUCGCACCAUCACAUAUGACGAGUUCAAGAUUGCUCUAGGAGAGCUCGCCAGGAAGAAGUACAAAGAGAAGACUGGCGAGGAGGCCGAGGCUGAAGUAUUUAAGCUGAUUGAGGGGAAGACGCCCGUGAUCUCCGGGGUCACGAGAGCCGUUGCUUCCCCAACCGUUAACCGACUGACAGACACCACCAAGUUCACCGGGUCGCACAAGGAGCGUUUUGACAACACGGGACGCGGGAAGGGUAAAGCGGGACGAGUAGACCUGGUCGACACUUCGGGAUACGUCUCAGGAUACAAGCAUCAAGGGUCCUAUGAAAAGAAGGUCACCAAACCCCCCAUAGCCAAACCCAUGUGAGCGGUGCAGAGAAAACAUGGGUCGACAGCAUGGAUCACUUUCUUUCAAAAGAGUACUUAAAACAAACAAACAAAUCAAAACAGGUUGUCAUAUAUUUUCCCACCCAGUCAUGUUGUGUGUGCAUGUGGUUGCGGAGAGAGUUCCUCUCUUUGUGAGAGUUUGAGAACUGGAAAAUUGUUUACAUCUAUUUUUACAAAGUCUUCACCAGCUGGUACAUUCCUAUCUAAUAGUGAGUUCCUGCCAAGAGGAGAACGCCAAUGAUGAUGACGAUGAUGAUAACGAAAUUUUGUUGUUUUGAUCGGGCCUUAGAAUAUCAAGCACAACGAACAAUGGAAGCCAACAGAAACAACAACAAAAAAGGUACAAGGGUUUUUAAUGUAAUAACAUUGCACUUUUUUGCAGGAAAAAAAAACUUUCUACAUCCACUUGAAGAUUUUAAUUGGCACAGUGUUCCAGAUAAUUGGCACACCUUUGUACAUGUGUAUUAAAUAUUCUGACUUGUGUCUACUAUCCCCAAUUGCCAAGUGUGGAUAAACUCUGCUGUUCAUAUUCUUUGUUUUAUAAGGUCUGACAUUUUAUGAAUAUGCCUUUAGCUCAGCACCUCCCAAAUAUAGUUCAUUGGAUGCCCCUAUUUUCUCUCCCAUCACACCAUUAAAACAAUUUUGCAUCUAAUUUUAAACAGGUAAAUCCUGCCAAUUGAGCGGGCGGGAGUACAGUCGUGCAAGAUUGUAUUUUUAACAUUUGACAUUGGAUAUUAUUCCCCCCGUUCAUGCACAGAACCUCCGAUAUAUUUGUGUUUCAAUUGUGUAUAAUCUAACUGUAGCCACUUGUUUGAUUUCUGACACUGGCUUAAUAUUCCUUCCUGUGUUUCUGUACCUUGUGCAUGUUAUUAUGUAUAUUACAUUUGAUUGGGAAGCACAGAAAUGAUAGAAGGAUUAUGUUGUAUUUGAUCUACUGUGCCUGCUGUAAGGACAGACUACUGGACAGUUGUUUUCUUGCUUAGAAAUCGUAAGUAAUGAAAAGUGAUGAUGAAACGGUGUUAUUGCUUGAAAUCUAUAGAAUAUGUACAUGUACAAAGUUGGCUGCCACCAAAUGCUGUUAUAUUUGUUAUCCGGAGAACCUUUAACGUGUGGUACUGUCAUCCGAGGCACAAAUUUAACUGAAGUCAAGCAGGGAAUGCCAGUUAUAUCCUUAAAUACUGUCUGAUGUAAAAGGGAAAAAAAAUCCAAACAGUAUACUUUUGUAAAAGAUUUUUUUAACAAAAAGUUUGUUGUCACACUUGCCUGCAGUCGCAGCCACAAAACUAUAUCAACUAUCAGUGUGAUUAUUUUGUCUGCUGGAGUAAGCUCCCUGUGCUUAAUGCCAAAUACUGUGCACCUUUAAUGUGGAGGAAAGAUAUGUGUGUAUUCUUUUUUCCCCCCGUAACAUUUUAAUGUGCUAUUGUGUCUCCGGUGCAUGCAGUGGAUCUAUGUACUUGUUCUUUAGACCUCUUAAUUGUGUGUUCAUGAUUUGUAGUGCAUUAUUGAAAAUAAAAAAAGAAGGCCCACCAACCA